UCCGAUCGUGUGGGAGGCGGGGCUUGUGCUGAUGUGUUUUCCCGCGAAUAGUUGCGGGUAAUUAGCAAAAUGUCUAAGAAAAGAGGUCUUAGCGUAGAAGAGAAAAGAACCCGCAUGAUGGAAAUAUUUUUUGAAACUAAAGAUGUUUUCCAGCUGAAGGACCUGGAGAAAAUUGCCCCCAAAGAAAAAGGAAUCACUUCCAUGUCUGUGAAGGAGAUCCUACAAAGCUUAGUGGAUGAUGCAAUGGUGGACAGUGAUCGCAUUGGAACAUCUAACUAUUAUUGGGCCUUCCCCAGCAAAGCUCUCCAUGGUCGGAAGAGAAAGUUGGAAACAUUGCAGGCGCAGUUGGAAGAAUCUAACCAGAAGAAGAAACAUUUAGAGCAAAGUGUUGAAAAAGCCAAAGUUGGGCGGCAAGACACGGAAGAGCGAUCCAAAUUGGCAAAGGAGCUAGCAUCUCUGAGACAGCAAAGAGAACAACUCCGGGUGCAGUUGGAUAAAUACAAAGAGUGUGAUCCGGAGGUCGUAGAAGAAAUCCGCCAAGCAAAUAAGGUUGCCAAAGAAGCAGUUAAUCGUUGGACAGAUAAUAUUUUUUCAGUUAAGUCUUGGGCAAAAAAGAAAUUUGGCUUUGAAGACAGUAAAAUUGACAAAACAUUUGGAAUACCUGAAGAUUUUGACUAUAUUGAUUAAAUUCAUAAUCGU